AUGCCACAAACUCAAGUUCAAACACGACACAAAUUCAAGUUAAAAAACAACAGAAACUCAAGUUCAACAAACGCCACAAACUCAAGUUCAAAAACACCAAAAACUCAAGUUCAGAAACACCACAAACUCAAGUUCAAAAACGCCACAAACUCAAGUUCAAACACGUCACAAACUCAAGUUCAAAAUCACCACAAACUCAAGAUCGAACACAACACAAACUCAAGUUCAACAAACACACAAACUCAAGUUCAAAAACACCACAAACUCAAGUUCAAACACAACACAAACUCAAGUUCAACCAACACAAACUCAAAUUCAAAAACAUCACAAACUCAAGUUAAAACACGAACCAAACUCACGUUCAAACACGACACAAACUCAAGUUCAACCAAUACCCAAUUCUCAAGAUUAACAAUUUCAACAACCUCAAGUUCAAAAACACCACAAACUCAAGUUCAACAAACACACAAACUCAAGUUCAACCAACACCUGAUUCUCAAGUUUAACAAUUUCCACAACCUCAAGUUCAAAAACAACAGAAACCUAAGUUCAAAAAACACAAAAACUCAAGUUAACCAAACACGCAAAUUCAAGUUCAAAAACACCACAAACUCAAGUUCAAACAUGACACAAACUCAAGUUCAAACACGACACAAACUCAAGUUCAAACACGAAACAAACUCAAGUUCAAAAAACACACAGACUCAAGUUCAAACACGACACAAACUCAAGUUCAACAAAAACCACAAACUCAAGUUCAAACACGACACAAAAUCAAGCUCAACAAACGCCACAAACUAA